AUGGGUAAACAUGGAGGUAGUUCUAAGACUAUGAAACAUCUAGGUAUGUGUGAUAAUUUAAAUGCUCAAAAUUCAAGGGACUCACUUCUUUUGAAAGACAAUGAGGAACAAAAUGAAGCCAAUUACCCAGUUACUGUUAAAUUGUUUGAUAGGUUUGAAGAUGUGGAAGAUGUCAAAUUGAAAGUCAAAUCUAAACAAAUGAAUAACAUUCAAUCAGACAUUAAUCAAUGGAAUGGUAAAGAUGAAAAUGUGAUUUUCAGCCCUAAAGUAGGAGAAAUAAACUCGAAUGGGGGCCAUAAUUUAUCCAACACAGGGUGUGAAUGUAGUGGUGGAAAUGUUACAAAUUCAAACAUGGUGAAUGGAUCGUGUUUGUCCAGUGAAUUGGACAAAUUACAUGUGAGUGAUACAUCUAAUCUGGGAAGGCACAGGAGUGUAUCUGACACAAAACUAAUUCGACUUGACAGUCCUGCUCUACCUACAUAUACAGAGAAAUCCCACACAAAGGUGAAGGCUGGAUUACUCAUGUCCCCUAUUGCCCUAACUCAAGAUAUUCCCAUUGAUAUUGGGAAAGACCAAAAUAGGUUUUCAUAUGUGAUGGAAAAUAUUCCAUCACUGUUGUAUCUACCAAACACAAAACAGUUAGUGCGUAGUCAACCUGUAUCAAGACAAAAUUCCAUAGGCAGCCAUGGAGCCCAUAGUAAUGGUGUGGAGGACCUGCACAAAGAAAUUUGUAUUGAUGCUAAUACAUCAUUUAAUGGUAAUGAUCAAUCAUUGGAACUUGUGUCUCCGGAAUCAAAUUCUAGUUUUUCUGAAACCUGUCCUUUCCCUGUUGGUGCCAAUGAUAAUUCCAAUAUAGAUGCUGAUCAGAUGACUUUAAACAGUGUAGAGUGUUUGAUACCAGGUGAACUAAAUGACAGAGGUUGUAAUGAUACGUCCAGUCUGUCUAGUGUCAGUACAGAUUUCUCAACCACUGUAGGAGAAGAUAACUCAGAAUUUAAAAAUGUAUCUCUGGAAGGAGAUGAGACUGGUUUUAUGGAAGUAAACCUUCACUCACGGAACUCAUAUCAAAGAUCUCAAAGUUCAGCCAGUGAUGAAACCAAGUCAAAGAAGAAAGGGUUUGGUAAUUUUUUGUCAAGGUAA